CCCACUAGUCCGAGACCAGACUAUAGAGGCUGCUGCUCCAGCUUUCACCAUACCAGGACGUGCACCUGUUUCCAGUCAUCGAUGCGAAGUUCUCUAUUAAACUUUCUAUUCUUCACAUUUAUUGCAGCUGUUGCUGCAGUGAACGAGAGAGUUUUGGCUAUCUUUGACCAUGAGCACGCAGACUAUGAAAGUUUGCUCGAUUCUCUUCGUGAACGCGACUUUGAUGUCACUGUUAAGGAUGUGAAGGCGCCCGAUAGCUCUCUUUUUGAGUUUGGAGAACGCAAGUACGACGACUUGCUGUUGUUCAGUGCCCGUAACAAAGGUCUUGGUGCAUCUUUUUCUCCCAAGGCUUUAAUUGAAUUUGUCGAAGACGGAGGAAACAUUCUUUUGGCCGCCGGCACAAAUGUGCCCGAAGGACUGCGUGAAUUCGGUCGUCAACUUGGCAUUUUUGUUGCCGAAAGAGGAAACGCUCUCGUAGAUCAUUUUGCGUCGGUUGGAUCUGAGGAUCAUCAGUUAGUUGCUCUUGACGAAUUUUCCAGCUCGAAAUACAUCGUCUCCGACGAAACACGUAACGCUGGCGCAGUCCUGUACAAGGGUUCCGGACAUGCUCUGGGAGAAAACCCUCUUGUCGAGCCUGUUUUGCGCGCCAAGACUACUAGCUACCUUUACAACCAAAAGUCUGAAUCCGAGAGUUCCGCACAUCCUUGGGCUGCCGGAUCGCAACUCUUUGUGGUGAGUUCCCUCCAAACCUUGAACGGUUCUCGUGUUGCCUUCAGUAGCAGCUUGGAUAUCUUUAAAAACGAGUACUUGUCGCCUUCGUCUGAGUCUUACAACGCUGCCAAUGCUCUCUUUGCCCGCGAUCUGACGAACUGGGUGUUCCAACGCAGUGGUCGUCUCGUCCUCGAGAACAUGACUUACGGUUUGAUUUCCGAAUCGGUCGAGGAGCGUAAUGGUCCUGUGUACCGUAUCAAGGAUGAAAUGGAAUUCACGGCCGAUAUGUCUGUAUACGAGAAUGGUGUCCGUAAGCCUUACAUUGCCUCCGAUGUUCAGAUGGAGCUUGUCAUGCUUGAUCCCUACUAUCGUUUGAACUUUGAGCCUGUUGAAAGCGACUUGAAGGACGCUCAACGUUAUUCCGUCAAGCUCGUUGCACCUGACCAUUAUGGUGUUUUCAGCUACAAAGUUCGUUACUCUCGUCCUGGCCUUACGAACAUUGACGAAAAGCAAACGUUCACCCUUCGACAAUUCCAUCACAACGAGUAUCCUCGUUUCUUGCCCCAUGCAUACCCUUACUACACGUCUGCCUUUAUUGUCUUCGUUGGUUUUGUUAUGUUUGCUGGUGCUUGGCUGUUUUUCAAGCCUGCCGCACCUUCUGUAAAAAAGCAACAGUAGAUGAUUUCUCACGAAACUCACCAUUGAUGAAUGAACUACAUGUACUUUGAACUUAAGUGAAGGCAAUUGCAUUCACUGCAUACCUUUCGAUCGUUCACGUAGAGGACGUGGAAGGAAGGUCAUCUUCACGUCUGCGAGUUUUGCUGUUAGCGAAACUAAAAUAAUGAGAUUUGUUCAAAUGUUUUAUGAUACGUAGCUGUCAAUCUUCUGUGUGAAACAUCACGAACUUUGCA